GCUUAUUGGUACUGAUAAGGAGUGUGCUUCUUCUUCCCAUAUCGUUUGGAACGCUUUUAAAUUUGUUCGUUUACCAAGCCGGUGGAAAAACAAUUCGGUGUACAAACAAGUUAAUACUUUUUAACAAAAUUAUUAAAUUAUUGUCAGAAACAGUCUUGAGAAUAUGUCUCCAUUAAUACCUCUACGAGAUCCUAACGAGGAUUACAAUAUAAAACGUUUUUACAAUUGUGUUUGCGCCCAAACAAUAUCAACGUCGGGCAAGUUUCUGUUUGCCGGUAAUCGGGCGGGAGAUAUUUUUGUGCAAAAUAUUACCAAUUUCCAGAAUUCAGAGGAAAUGCGACCACCCCUCAAAAUAUAUCCACAAGGCGAGGAAUGUGAAAUCAACUGUUUGAGCUUCCAUCGAGAAUUCCUUAUUGUGGGCUCGAUUGGGGUGGUGUAUGGUUUAAAAUGGGUUGAGGAUAAGGCUGAACUGGCCACUGGUCGUGCUUGGGAAAUCAAAAUACCCAUUGAUGUGGAAGCCAUCGAAGUUCCAGAUGUGAAUUAUAUGUGGCUGCGACCCGAAACCGAUUUGCUUUAUGUUGGCUGUGGUGAUAAUGUAAUUUAUGAACUGAACUUAGAAGAUGGCCGUAUAACACGAAGCUUCAAGGGUCAUGAAGAUUAUAUACAUGGUGUAUGUGGUUCGGGUACGGAUAAAUUAUAUUCCGCCUCCGAAGAUGGCAGUAUUCGUAUGUGGGUGACAAAUCAAAAAGAAAGCACAGGCCUCAUUGAACCAUACAAAAAAGACACAUUGGUACGCCCUGAAAUGGGCAAAUGGCAAGGUGCAUUGGCCACCAAUGACGAUUGGCUGUUGUGUGGUGGUGGACCAAAAUUAUCCCUAUGGCAUUUACGUUCCAUGGAAUGUACAAGUGUUUUCCCAUUUCCCGGCAAGGUACAUGUUUGUGAUUUUGUCGAAGAUAUGAUAUUUGUUGGUGGUGAACAUACUAAUGCCCAAUUCUAUGCCAUGAAUGGUAAACUGAGAGCUGAUAUAAAGACUGAAAACACUGCGGUGUAUUCGGCGGUAUGGAAGACGGAACCGGAACGUUUUAUGUCCAUUGCUGGCUAUAGUAAUUGGUUGUCGAUAUUAAAUGAUUUUCGCUUUUUGGAUAGUAAAAUUGAAUUGUAUGAAAGUAGAAGUAAUAGUGAUACAACUACAGUUAAGGGGGAGAAUGGUGUGUAAAAUAAAAUAAAGGCUAAGAAGACAAAUUACGAAAUCUAA